GUGGUGAGCUUUGAAAUGUUACUGCUACUGGUUGUGGAAUUGGUAUUAGAGGAUCCGGUCAAAAGGAGUAGAUUGUUUAAGUCUGAAUCGUUCAAUUGGUGAAUUCGUAAGGAUUGAUGAAUACUUCAAUGUUGGGUUGCAUUUAGAUGUAUUCAUUGGUCUAGUAGUAAUGUGUAGUUCGAGUUUUGCAUCAGAUUGUGGUUGUGGUCAUGGUCAUGGUCUGGUAGCUCUGGUGGUGGAUGGAUGAGAGCAGGGUUGGCUAAAGUUUGCCUACCUCAGAAUCUGGGUCGAAAUCUGCUUGAUUGGUGAGCUGAGCUCUGUUUUGAUUGAGAAAGAUAGGGUAGGUUCAAUUGACAGUAAAAGAAACGGUGGAGAUGGGUUCCAGAGGAGGAACAGGGGCCAAGAACAUGAAUUCCAAGACGAAUCCCACUCAAUCUGAUUCAACCACACCUACAGUGAAAUUUGCAAGAAGAACAUCAAGUGGUCGCUAUGUGCGCUACUCUCGAGAAGAUAUUGAUCUUUCUGAAGACAUGAGUGAUAAUUACAGUCAAUACACAGUGACCAUUCCUCCUACACCUGACAAUCAGCCCAUGCAUUCAGUGGACCGAUCCAUUAGUAUCAAGGCAGAGGAGCAAUAUGUUUCUAAUUCUCUCUUCACGGGUGGAUUCAACAGCGUGACCAGAGCCCAUUUGAUGCAGAUUGAGAAGGUGGGUGCAGCCACAAAUGCAGACAAAGGUUCCUAUUGUGCUAUGAACGGAUGCGAUGGAAAGGUUAUGCGAAACGAGAGAGGAGAAGAAGUCCCUCCCUGCGAAUGCAACUUCAGAAUUUGCAGAGACUGUUAUUUUGAUGCUGUGAGAAGUGGGGGAAUGUGUCCUGGGUGCAAGGAGCCUUACAAGGUGGAUUCUAAUGAUGGGCGUUUAGAGGCUAGUCCUCUGCCUCAACUUCCUGCCCCUGCCUCUGCUCCUAACUCUAAGACUUUGGACAGGAGGAUGUCAAUGAUUGAAUCCAACACGCCCAAAUCCAUGCUGUUAACAAGCCAGACAGGUGAUUUUGAUCACAAUCGAUGGCUUUUUGAGACAAAUGGAACUUACGGCUACGGCAAUGCUGUCUGGCCCAAGGAGGACCCCUUUUCCAAUGGAAAUGGGGUGCCAGGGAACCCUCCUGAUCUCAAUGACAAGUCCUGGAAGCCUCUUACUCGCAAAGUAAAAAUUGCUCCUGCCAUUCUCAGUCCUUACAGGUUGCUGGUUUUUGUCCGAAUGGCUGUUUUAGGAGUCUUCCUGCAUUGGCGGGUGACUCAUCAAAACAAGGAUGCAGUAUGGUUAUGGGGAAUGUCCGUUGUAUGCGAAAUUUGGUUUGCCUUCUCCUGGUUAUUGGAUCAGCUACCCAAGUUGUGUCCAAUAAAUCGCUUUACAGAUUUGAGAGUUCUCAAAGAAAAAUUUGAACAGCCGAGUCCCGGCAAUCCAAGCGGGAAGUCAGACUUACCGGGAAUUGAUGUUUUCGUGUCGACGGCAGACCCAGAGAAGGAGCCACCGCUGGUGACGGCAAACACAAUUCUAUCCAUCCUGGGUGCAGAUUAUCCCGUGGAGAAGCUCGCCUGCUAUGUCUCCGACGACGGUGGGGCUCUCCUCACAUUUGAAGCCAUGGCUGAAGCCGCGAGCUUUGCAGCUCUCUGGAUUCCCUUCUGCCGCAAGCACAACAUUGAGCCCCGCAACCCCGAGAGCUACUUCAACACUAAAGGAGAUCCCACCAAGAACAAAGUGCGCCCGGACUUCGUCAGGGAUCGAAGACGCAUCAGGAGGGAGUACGAUGAAUUCAAGGUACGCGUCAAUGGACUUCCCGAGUCUAUCAGGCGAAGAUCAGAUGCUUUUCAUGCCAGAGAAGAAAUCAAAGCCAUGAAGCUCGAAACACACUCUGCCAAUACCGAUUUCACUGAACCAAUAAAAGUGCCCAGAGCUACUUGGAUGUCUGACGCGACUCACUGGCCUGGGACAUGGAUUGUUCCCAGUAAGGAUCAUUCCCGUGGAGACCACGCUGGAAUCAUCCAGGUGAUGCUUAAAGCUCCUAGUGAAGACUCGCGUCUGGGCACCACAGAUGAGGAGGGAAAGGGUCUGGACUUCAGUGAGGUGGAUGUUCGUUUGCCAAUGUUGGUUUACGUAUCACGGGAGAAAAGGCCAGGGUAUGAUCACAAUAAGAAGGCGGGUGCAAUGAAUGCUCUUGUAAGGGCGUCUGCAAUCAUGUCUAACGGUCCAUUUUUGCUCAAUCUGGACUGUGAUCAUUAUAUCAAUAAUUCAGAAGCCCUGAGAGAGGCCAUUUGCUUUAUGAUGGACCGAGGAGGAGAUUGUCUCUGUUAUGUUCAGUUCCCUCAGAGGUUUGAGGGCAUCGACCCAAGUGAUCGCUAUGCCAACCACAACACUGUGUUUUUUGAUGUUAACAUGAGGGCUCUGGAUGGAUUGCAGGGGCCUGUUUAUGUUGGAACGGGCUGUAUGUUCCGACGGAUUGCUCUAUAUGGGUUCGAUCCCCCAAGAGCAAAGGAGAAGAGAGGAUGGUGUGGAGGGAGAAAGAGAGUGGGCAAGGGCAAGGGAGAGCUGAGGAUGCCGGCGAAGGAGGAUGAGGAAGAGGGGCUGGAUAUAGGCCUGCUGCCUAAGGCGUUUGGCAAUUCCAAUCUGCUGGCGGAAUCAAUUCCUGUUGCAGAGUAUCAGGGUCGACCUCUGGCAGACCAUGCGGCGGUGAAGAAUGGGCGGCCGCCAGGUGCCUGUCUCACUCCCCGGGAGCCCCUUGAUGCGUCCAUUAUUGCAGAGGCCAUCAGUGUCGUCUCCUGCUGGUACGAGGACAAAACUGAAUGGGGCCAGAGAGUUGGCUGGAUUUAUGGGUCUGUCACAGAGGAUGUGCUCACAGGCUACCGGAUGCACAACAGGGGAUGGAAGUCUGUCUAUUGUGUGACCAAGAGGGAUGCUUUCAGGGGAACAGCACCCAUUAAUUUGACUGAUAGGCUGCACCAGGUUCUCAGAUGGGCUACGGGCUCUGUGGAAAUCUUCUUUUCUCGCAACAAUGCCUUCUUUGCAGGCUCCAGAAUGAAAUUUCUUCAACGGAUAGCUUAUCUCAAUGUGGGGAUUUAUCCUUUCACUUCCUUCUUCCUUAUAGUUUACUGCUUCCUUCCAGCGCUUUCCCUUUUCUCUGGGCAGUUCAUUGUGGAGUCCCUGAAAGUAGAAUUCCUAGUAUACCUUCUUGUAAUUUCAAUAACUCUGUCUCUGCUAGCAAUCCUUGAGGUGAAAUGGUCUGCUAUUGAACUGGAAGAAUGGUGGAGAAAUGAGCAGUUCUGGCUGAUUGGAGGUACCAGUGCUCAUUUGGCUGCUGUGUUGCAAGGAUUGCUCAAGGUUGUUGCAGGAAUCGAGAUAUCUUUCACACUCACAUCUAAGGCUGGAGGAGAUAACAGUGAAGAUGAAUUCGCCGACCUCUAUCUAGUGAAAUGGACUUCACUUAUGAUUCCCCCCAUUACCAUCAUGAUGAUUAACAUCGUAGCAAUAGCAGUUGGGUUUUCUCGAACCAUUUACAGCGAGAAUCCUGAAUGGAGCAAACUUCUGGGAGGAGUUUUCUUCAGCUUCUGGGUCUUGGCUCAUCUCUAUCCAUUUGCCAAAGGUCUCAUGGGCAGAAGGGGAAGGACACCUACUAUUGUGUUUGUCUGGUCAGGCCUCCUCGCAAUUACAAUUUCAUUACUCUGGGUGGCCAUUAAUCCACCACCUGGAAGCCAAGGCAUUGGUGGACGCUUUCACUUUCCAUAGGCCUACUACAAAAUAAUUCCUGAUCGGGGUUUCAAAAGAGAUUUCGAUUUAGACGGCUUCCAGAAUUUGUUUCUUGUCAUUUUUGAAAUUCUUUUGUAUGAUGAAAAAGCUAUUUCGUAAGGAUAAUGGCCUUUUCAAUUGAAUUUCUCUUGCAGUGUAGGCAAAUUGGCUUAGUCUGAACUGGAUUUCCAAACGUAGCAAACCAUACUCAAAGACAAUAGAUGGUCUAGUUCGAAGAAUUCUACUUCCGCUACUCAUGCAUGCGAUAGACCGAGCUAAUAAUUGAUUUGUGGCCGGAAUUGUAGUAUUCACUGUUUCUGCU